CGUGCUGGGAGCGGUAGGCAGGUGCAUGCUGGGAGUUGGCCAGCGAGCCGUGCAGGAGGAGCAGAGUCUCUUGCUCCGACAGCGGCCCCCCUGCCAUGCCGGCCACCUGCUCUGCGUGCUGCACCAGCCCGGCUGCCCUGCGGCGCCCCAAGACGGGCCACGCCCUGUGCCGCGCCUGCUUCCUGGCGGCCUUUGAGGAGGAGACGCACCAGGCCAUCGUGGCCGGGCGGCUCUUCCAGCCCGGCGAGACCGUGGCCAUUGGCGCCUCGGGGGGCAAGGACUCCACGGUACUGGCCCAUCUGCUGCAGCUCCUUGACCAACGCCACGGCUAUGGCCUGCACCUGCUGCUGCUCUCCGUGGACGAGGGCAUCGCCGGCUACCGCGAUGCCUCCCUGGCCGCCGUGCGCCGCCACCAGCGCCGCUCCGGCUUGCCCCUGCACGUGGUCUCCUACCGCCAGCUCUACGGCUGGAGCAUGGACCGCAUCGUCCGCCACCUCGGCCCCCGCAACAACUGCACUUUCUGCGGCGUCUUCCGGCGCCAGGCCCUCGACCGGGGCGCCCUGCUGAUGGGCGCCGACAAGAUCGCCACAGGGCACAAUGCAGACGACGUGGCCGAGACAGUGCUGAUGAACUUCCUGCGGGGUGACGUGGGUCGGCUGCGCCGGGGGGCGGGAGUGGGGCCGGCGGGGGGGGAAGGGGCCGUGCCCCGCUGCAAGCCCCUGCGCCACGCCUACGAGAAGGAGAUCGUCCUCUACGCCUACUUCCAGGGCCUGGACUACUUCAGCACCGAGUGUGUCUACGCCCCCCAGGCCUACCGCGGCUACGCCCGCGCCCUGCUCAAGGAUCUGGAGGCUGCCCGGCCUAGCGCCGUGGCCGACCUGGGCCACUCGGGCGAACGGCUCUCGCUGCGCUCUGACCUCCGCAUGCCGGCCCGCAGCACCUGCCAGCGCUGUGGCUACGUGGCCAGCCAGACCCUGUGCAAGGCCUGCGUCCUGCUGGAGGGGCUCGAACGCGGCCUGCCCAAGCUGGGCAUUGGCAAGCACCGGCGCCUGCGGGACAAGCUGCGGGACGGGCAGCCCCUCACCCAGGAGGAGCUCAGGCGCCUGGGGGCCCCGGCCGAGGGGGAGCCGCCGGAGGAGCAGGAGCCUCAGGGGGAGCUGGGGACAGACGAGGAGCCAAGGGGUAGACAGGAGCUGAGGGGCCCACGGGACCUGGACUUCUGAAGUGGUGUGGGGUGUGCCACUGAGAACAGCCGUGCUCCUGUCCACGCUCGGGGCGGGGGGGAGUGGGAUCCAAUAGGAUAGAACGGGGGGGCUGGGAGCCAGGACUCCUGGGUUCUCUCCCUGGCUCUGGGAGGGGAGUGGGGUCUCAUGGUUAGAGAAGCGGGGCUGGGAGCCAGGACUCCUGGGUUCUAUUUCCAAGUCACUGUGUGACUAGGUAAGUCACUUUUACCUUGCUGUGACUCAGUUGCCCCCCCCCCCCCCCCAGAAUUGAGAUAAUGCAGCUUAUACUUUGUAAACUGCUUUGAGAGCUGUGGAUGAGAAGUGCUUAGUGUGAACAAGUGGUGCAUGGUUCUCUUCUGUACCAGGAGAUUACGAGGACAUGUGAAAGAGCUGAUAAUAAAACUGUUUGCUGAAGAAGAAAUCACGCGGUAAACAGCAUCUCUAACCUUUGGCAAUCAUCUAACAAAAGCCAGACGGGCACUUAAGAAAAUUCACACGUCAAGGGGGCAAAGGUCCAAACUUGAGAUGAGAUAUUUCAAAACGAUUGAAAGGAAACAGCUUGAGGGACUGGCACUGAAGAAAAAGUUUUCCUCAUGUAAAUAUUAGAGAGUUUGGACUUUUCAUUCUGAUUUAGGACUGGGUAAAUUUUUCCUGAAAGUCUUGGGGCAGGGGAAACCUACAGCAUUUGUGGACUGAUUACACAGCCCCAAGAUUUUGCCGGCUCACAGAUUGCCUGCUUCAAAAUACUAGGGUCAGAGGUGAUGAGAAGAUUUUUACAGAAAUGAUUUUUAGUAAAUCCCCCCCUGUAGAACUGAACGGUGGGUAGGAACCUUUUUCUGCCAUUCCCAUUCUGUAGUGGGGAUGCAAUUUCCAUUUAUUCUCUAGAACAGGAAUUCUCAAACUGAGGGUCCUAACCCAAAAGGGGGUGGCAAGGCUAUUAUAGGGGGGUUGUGAGACUUAGGGGUACCGUAUUUGAAGGACACUGUGAGGGGAAAAGGGGAACUGGUGUGGCAGUGCAUACAGCUUUCUGCCCACCCAGUUCUGAAGGCAGUGCUGCCGCCAGCAGCAGCAAGGGUGGCAAUGCCUUACACCUAGGAGAGGACAAGGUUUCACUUUUACUACAACUCAGCAGCAAGAAACGCAAAGUGGGGACGUAGGAGGACAGUUUGCACACCAGUGUAGCCUUUUAUUUCAUUUAACAUGAAUUUUGUAACGUAUCACACCACUGUGGGUUCAGAUCUAGCAGUGACAGUUUCAAGCUUAACAGGGAAAGUCACCUCGGCUACUUGCUUUAGAUAUAGAGUCUCUCGGAACACAAAGACCCCAAGGGUAGAGACUACGCAGGCAUUCACAAGUACAAGGUCUAGUCUGUUUUAUAGGUUUUAUUAAAGUUACAAUUCAAGUUAUUACCCAAGCUGAUCGCAAUUCUAGACAGACCUGUGCACAAGUUACAAAUAUUGUUAUAUUCUCAUCCUUACCAAUAGUCUUAGGUCUGAUGGGUCUCAUGUUUUUAUCAGAGGGAUGGUUCCUGCUGGAGAUUCCCAUAGCAAGCUCAAUUUUCCCGCUCUUGGCAUCCUGGUUUUAUAAUGUGAUUCUACCUAUAGCGAUUUUCUGUGCAUGAACAUGAAAGAGUCACCCCUCUUUUCCCUUAUCUGUCCCCUUCAAACUUAAGGGACCCUGAUUUCUAUAGGUUGCAUAGGCUCUCUUCAUUCUCAUUAGCAUUGACGCACAGCCUGUAUCCUGUGGUUAAGGCACAUGCUGGAAACAGCUAUGCCUUUACAGCAUUUUUUGGAUUUAAAAUUCAUCUUCCAGUUAAUUUUUCUCAUUACCCCUUGGCCCCUCUUUCCCCAUUAUCUUAGGGCUUCGGGUUUUUCUUCGCUUGCUUACUUAUCUCCGCAUUUCUUAACUCCAAGGCCUAAAAUAGCGAAGCUAAAAUUUUGCAGGCCUUAGCCUGCAGGCCUUGCAUUUCAACCCUACUUACUCAGAUACUUAAUACAUGAUUAUUCCCUCUACAUGCUGAUCAAUCUUAGACUUCUAUAAUCCUACAAUGUAACUGUUUAGCAUACAAUGAUUAUAUAGGACAUAACAUGUUAGCUAGUCAGAACAUCAUGCAAUAAAUGAACAAUAAACUAAAAUCAUUGGCUAUGCCAGGCCAGAGAGAGAUGAGGACAGAGCUGAAGCCAGUACAGGCUCCCACCAGCCCAGGUCCAGAGACCAGUAGGCACUGGGGGGUGAAGUGUGCCAGCAAUGCCCAGACAGAUGUGGCUGGGUUGAGGUUGCCAACCCUCCAGCAUUGGCCUGGAGUCUCCUGGAAUUGACAUUCAUCUCCCGGUGACCACUGAAAGCAAUCUGGGAAUUAUAAUAGGAUAUUUUAAGAAAAUGACAUUACAUCACGUUGGGGAAAAUUUUUUCCCAGAAUAGCUUCAGUCAGAGUUGGCAGCCCCAGGCUGGGUGAGGGAGCUGAUCUCCAGCCUGGGCAGGGUAGGGAAGAAGCCACUAGGGGAUUCAGCGCCAUUGAUUGCAGGGAUAACGCAGACGUGCGUCAUUUACUGCUCCUGUGAGUAUGUCCAGUGAUUUGCUGUCACUUCUUGUUGGGGGGGGGGUGUAAUCAUAUUUUCAAAGGGGGACCCCUGCUCUAUAAUGGAUUUAAACCACCAGCCGCCCUUUAGGACAGUAUUUUCCAUCUGAUUCUCUAGGCCGGAGUGUCUCAAGUCUUUUCUGCACUGGAGCUCACCAUGGUCCUAUAGGCCCUCACCCCCACCUCGUCUCGGUUUCAGAUAAUAGACCCUGAAUUUAAUCCUAGCAAAGGUCAGGAAAACUACUGUACCUCUGAGCUCCGCUCUAGCUCAAUUGCCAGAUCGGGGCUGGAAGUGCAAAACCCUGAGGUAGGUUCUCUUGGCUGUUGGAAAUGGCCAUUUCGUCAAAAUCAAAAUGUUCGGUGGGGAGGCGUGGAUUUGGUAGUUGGGGUAUCUAAAUGAAUUAUUUAGACAUUUUCAUCUCAGGUGCUAUUCUAGCCUGCUGGCUGAGUCUCUUUCUGGGACUCAGUGUCCCCUUCUCUAAUAUGGGCGUAUUGAUGCACUGUGAGAUCCACAGAUUGAAAACACCAGCUCGAGGGGAAGAAUGGCCCAGUGGUUGUUGGGCACUAGUCUAGGACUUGGAAACUCAGGCAAUUCUCUGCUGCACUACAGACUUCCUGCAUGGGCUGGAGCAAGUCACUUUAGGCAUCAAGAUUCCACUGAAAUCAGCGAUGCUGCCUGAGUCUGCACAGAGCCCAACGUAGCAGUAGGAUUUUAUGUUUGUAUUUUAUAUAAUUUAGAAUGAAGAAUAAUAAUGUAGCGUGUA